AUGUCAAACUUGUUUUCAGGAAUAAGUGGUCGCUUUCGCGGCAGUGGUAAGAAUUCUGGCGCGAAGAGUCCGGGUGGACUUAACGGAGUUUCGCCAACCUCUCCUACAGGCAAUUCCCCCGUCAAUUCUUCGUCACCCGCGAGCAUGGCACCCCGCAUCUCGCCACUACCUAACUCGCCUUCGCUCUCACAAACCAUGUCUAUGGAUGACCAGCACCUUCCCCCUGCAGGCAGUGAUCCUCUCGCCGCUUACAACCUCCCUCGUCCCAAGCCGCUCUGGCUUAACAAUGCUUAUGCAAAGCACAUUGUUAAGGGCAAUUUUAUGACAUUGUCUGCCCGCCCAAAGACAGUUGAGCCUGGGGAGUGGAUUGCUCAUCAAGUGGUUGAACAUUAUCGUAUCUUGUGGAACUUUGUCCGGGUAAUUCACGAAAAGGAAGAAGAUGGUAACACCAUUUGCAACCCCCAGACUUGCCCUCGCAUGUCUGCUGGCGCCAAUCACUCCUUUACUUGGUUAAACUCCCGUAGAGAGCCCGUUGAGGUACCAGCCCAUGAGUACAUCUCCCUCAUGCAGCGCUGGAUUUCUGGCAAGAUCGAUAAUACCGCCAUCUUCCCCACUGAUCCCGCCGGCAUUUCCUACUGUCACAACAGUAACGGUCCCGAGAUCGCUGGCUCAACUUAUGCUUCUGGCGGAGUCAACACCCCUGGCUCAAACACACCCAUUCCUGCCGGCCCAACCACACUCACAACGUCUCUAUCCCAACUAGCCGGAGCUGGUGAUUGGAUCGGCAAGAGUAGCGGAUUUCCACAAGAAUUUGUUGAUGUAUGCCAAACAAUCUUCAGGCAAAUGUUCCGAGUCUAUGCUCAUCUGUAUUGGGGACACUUUAUCGAGCCCUUUUACCAUCUGAAUCUCGACAAGCACAUGAAUAGUUGCUUCAGUCACUUCGUUUUAACCGCAACCGAGAUUGAUAUGUUGAAGCCUCAUGAAUUGGAGCCUAUGCAACCAUUGAUUGACCUCUGGGCUGCUAAUGGCACAUUCCCACCUGAGUCUAAAGCUUAUGCUUGUGCAAAUCUCAAGGCUGGAGAGAGGCUCCUUCAAGCUUCUGGUUGA